UCCCCCCUCCGAACGGCCGCCAAGUUCACCGACUACAAUGUGAGGGAGUACGCCAAGAGGAGAACGAUCGAUGGGUUCCGGGAAAGCCAGACGCUCUCGGAGCCCUCCUCGAUUUCUUCGGCCUUCGCCGACGGGAGGAACCAGCUCGAGAUCGCGAAGAGGCAGGCCGUGGUGUACUCUCUCUGCGCUCUAAAGGUUAAGAACGUGAUGGAGAUCAGGAGCGGAUGAGGUAACUGAUCAAAAGGUUUUCCAUCAGAAGGCAUUUUGUUCUCAUAUCAAUUCCUCAUGUCAAGCAGUAGAAGAAGCCUUCUACUCCUAGAGCAAUGCAAGACCAUGAGACAACUGAAGCAAACCCAUGCUCAGAUCAUCACAGGUGGUCUUGGCCAAGAAAGCUUUGCUCUCAGCCGGCUUUUGGCCUUUUGCUCCCACCCAAUCCAUGGAAACCUGUCCUAUGCCCAACUUCUCUUCCAACACAUCCAAAACCCAACUCUCUGCAUCCGAAACACCAUGAUCAAAGCCUUCUUACACAAAGAAAAUUACACCAGACCUUUGGAAAUUUAUCACAGUUUAUUGCAUGAUGGCCUUUAUCCCGACAACUAUACCCUUCCUUACGUGCUGAAAGCAUGCGCAAAUCUUUGGGACAUUAGAACUGGAUCAGGAGUCCACACUCAUGUCGUAAAGCUUGGAUUUUGCGCUGAUAUAUUUGUUAGCAACACACUGGUAUCAAUGUACAUGUCCUGCGGCAACGCGCGAGUGGCGAGGGAAGUGUUCGAUGGGAGUCCCCAACGAAAUGCUGCGACAUGGACUAUAAUGAUUUCGGGAUAUUCCAAGCUGGGGGAAGUUGCAGCAGCUCGUCAGGUCUUCAAUGAUGCACCGGGAAAGGAUAGGGGGAUAUGGGGCUCCAUGGUUUCUGGUUAUGUUCAGAAUAACUGCUUUAAGGAGGGGCUGUUGAUGUUUCGGCUAAUGCAAGCUGAAGGACUAGAGCCGGACGAAGGUGUGAUAGUGAGUGCUCUUUGUGCUUGUGCGCAGCUUGGUGCAAUCGAUCUAGGAUCAUGGAUUCAUCGUUAUUUGAAUUUGGUUGGGUUGCCAUUGAGCAUUCGGUUGGGGACUGCUCUUAUCGACAUGUAUGUGAAAUGUGGGAACUUGGAGUUGGCUAAGAAGCUUUUUGAUAGGAUGCAGAAAAGAGACACUAUAUGCUGGAAUGUGAUGAUUUUAGGGUUGGCAAUGCAUGGGGAUGGAGAGGGUGCAGUCGAGUUUUUUCAUAGCAUGCAGAAGGAAGGGUUGAGACCGGAUGAUGCCACCUUUAUUGCGAUAUUGGCUGCUUGUAGUCAUGCAGGUUUGGUGGAAGAAGGUUUAAAUCUUUUUAAUAGAAUGAAGACUUCAUACUACAUUGAGCCUAGAAGUGAGCAUUAUGGGUGUGUAGUAGACUUUCUUGGUCGAGCUGGGCGCUUUGAAGAGGCUAAGGAAAUUAUUGAAAGGAUACCCAGUUUGAGCAGUCCGACAGAGAGAGCAGUUGCUUGGAGGGCACUGUUGAGUGCUUGCUGGAAUCAUGGGGAAACCAAAUUGGCUGAAAUGGCGGCUGAACAUCUUUUACAGUUGGAAGUCCAUAGUGGAGUCUAUGUUCUGCUCUCAAAUAUUUACGAGAAUUAUGGAAAGAAUGAUUAUGCCAGAAGAUUAAGAAAAUCUAUGAAGGAUGGAGGAGUGCCUAAAUCGCCAGGCUGCAGCUCAAUAGAACUCGGUGGAUGUGUUCAUGAGUUUGUUGCAGGUGAGCAAAUGCACCCGCAAAUGGAAGAAGUACACAGGGUACUGGAGAGACUGAAUGACCAGCAGACAUGUCCAGAUUGCUGAAAGCUGAAUGGCAAUGUUCAUGAAACCUAUUGAUUAAACGAGUAUUCUCUAAUCACAGAGAUUAGGGAUUAUGUUGGAAAGCUAUGUUUACAUGGAAAAGAAUCCGCAGUUUAUGUCGAAAUGCUGCAUUCCAGUGUCUUCAGUCUCACACUGCUCCCAUGUUGAAACACAGCAUAUCUGAAAACUUUUUUCCUUGUCUCUUCGCAAAAGGAAAAUACAUACCGUGUCGGCAAUGUGAAUUACCAACAAAUAUCAAUCAUACUAGCAGAUUUAAAAUAGUCUGAUGUUCCAA